CACAGCUGUGGAUGUUUAACUAACCAUGCUCUCUCUCUUUAUCUCUCCCUCUCUCUCUCUCAGUGCUCGGAGCUGCAGUGCUACAUUGCGCCGCUGUCGUCCAUCCUGCAGGGCCUCAGAUCAGGAAGGUACUCUGAACGUCUGAGCAGCUUCCAGGAGAGCGUGGCCAUGGACCGGAUCCAGAGAAUAAGGGGGGUCCUUCAGAACCCACACGUCGGGCGACGCUUCUUCGGCCUUUUACUGAAAAUCGAAGAAAUGCUUCGGAGCUGGUUUCCUCACAUCAAAUCGAAUGUGACGCAGACAGACGGCGGCCCGCCGGCCAAGACGCUAAAGCCGCCUCACAGCAGUGCCUCUCCUCGUCCUCCCUCCUCAGAGUCUCCUCUCGCUGCCUCUCACUCCUCCACCCGCCUCAAAUGGCUCCACACGUCUCCCAUCUGCUCCGUGACGACACCUAAAUCCAUGCUCGCCCGGCCCCCCCCCUCCCCUCGGCCCGCACGCUGCAGCCCGGAAGCGACCCAGGACCACGCCGUCUCCUCCACCUCAGAACUUGACUCCGAAACCCCUCGCCACCUCCCUCCUGCUCCUCGAGUGAACCGGGGGCCGCCGCCCUUUAAGAUCAUCUCUCCGUGUCUGGAGCGCCUCCUGCAGGCGAAGGAGAGCGUCGUCGUUCCCCUGGCGGCGGGGGAAGAGGGGUGGAUGUCGUGAGAGGAGGCGGGCCUCAUGGCGUGGGAUCAUUCAGGACAAACAUGGCUUCCACUCAGUCCGACUGAGACACUAAAGGCCUUAAACAAAAGCAUGCUUCAGAGUCUUCUACUUCCUCUUUUCUUUUUUAAUCUGUAGCUCGCUCCGGGGUCAGGAUCGCCAUGACGACCACAAAGACUCUUGAAUGUGAAAAAAAAAAAAAGACAGGACAGGACUGCUGUUUUGUUUUGUCGUGCUUGGAGACGUUGGACCUGCUGAGUCGGUUGGAUUUGAUCUUGUAGCUCAAAAUACGAUGUUGACAGAGCGAACACUUUUGAUACCAUGUGUUAUAAACGAUGAAUCUCUGUUGCCAUAACGACCAUCGUCUCAAACAGACACAGAAACGAUGAGCAACGCCUAAAUUAUACAAACACAUCGGCAACUUUUCAGUUUGGCUAAUUGCAGACAUUGUUGUCAUUUUUGCCCGCCGAUACUAACGGCCGAUAUCAGCAUAUCCAGUGACUAUCAGUAUCGGCUAAUUUUAUUUCAGAUAUGCGCUUAUAUAACUCGAUUUAUUCAGCAGUCAAAUAGCGUUUACCUCUUUCACCAGCAGAGGGCGCUAUAUGGAUUACAACAAGCAUCAUCACUCUCCAGAGUGUCGAUGUACGUACAUGCUCAGUUACUGUCCAGCUGAGUGACCAUCUUGUGACUAAAUCUUUUUGAUUUGAACUACAUCUGAGGGAUGAAUGCAAUAAAUGAGUCUGUUUAUUUAUCUCUACAGAUCUGAGAAAGAUAUCGGCAUCUGAUUUUUUUUUUUUCCCUCCCUGAUAUCAGUCGGGCUGUAUUUGUUAUGACCUGAAAACAGUAAAUAGACUCUUGUGCGCAGGACUUCUGUUUUUGUUGCUGUGGUAUCAAACGCGUAUCCAUACGGUUCAUAUCCUGACCGAGCCUCCGCUGCACGUCGUACGAGGAGACGUUUGAUUUCCGGACCUGCCACACUCGGACUGUUACUCCGGUUCUUCUGCUUUUUUUUUUACACAGACUCCUCUACCUCAGGCUGGAAACAGAGCAGAGCUGUUUGGUGAAAAGUGAGAACUUGACGGGAGUGGAGAUGGUCUGGAACUAUUCUGAGUGAUCCGGCACAAUGCAUCACAGGUCACAAACAACAAAAUCUACAAAACACUCGAGCACGACCGGCACAUGUGAGGAUAUAUAACAAGGUCAACAUGACCGUAGUGAGGCCGUCGUCUGCGCUCGUUCUCUGAUGAAAGUUUGGUGUGUUUGGAGUUUUACGCUGACUCAUCGUCUGUGAUUAAAGAUGAUGUUGGGGUGUCCCGCCUGUC